GAAGCCCAACAUGGCAACAAAUCACACAACAAAAGGAAGUGAGGUUCGUAACGUUACGCACUGAAUAUUUGUGUUUUAUAAAACCUCUAGAAAUAACAAAGAAAUACCUCCUACUUUGGCUCUUUGGCUCAAAAGAAGAGUUUAAGCCGUCUCAACAAAGAUGGAGUGAUAAGGCAGAAAGACGCAUCUAGAAAACAGCGAAUGGUCCGAUGUCCAUCACUUUCCCAGAGACCAAGAUAGGUUUGAACCCACACAAGUUGUUAAGCCCUUCCCGGGGCCCUUUUGGGCCCAGGAAGAGGAUGCAUCGUGGUGGGGAUAAGGACUUCCAGAUAUCAGCACGAAAGAUGGGCACAUCCUUGCUUUUCCAGCUGUCAGCUCAUGAAAGAGAGCUGGAUUUGGUAUUUCUGGACCACAGCUAUGCCAAGCCAUGGAAUGCCCACCCAGACGCCAGCAGCGCCCGGCCCACAAGGACACUGUUUGUUACUCCUCGUCGCCAGCCUGAACCCUUGUCAGACUCUGACUCUGUGUUAGACGUGGAGACCGUAACACCAACACCUGUUCCUCUGUAUGAUAAUCAGAAAGCUCUUAGUGUGAUGAAGGAAUGUGAGCGACAUGUUCUGUUUGCUCGCACAGUUGCUGAGAGCCCUCCACCCCCUGAUGACUGGGAGGAACACGUAAACAAGACUGGAUGGUCAGUGGCCCAGAACAAACUGUUCAAUAAAGUUCUCAAAGCUCUGCAAGCUGAAAGAUUAGCUCGGCUGGCCAAUGAAAAUGCUUCCAACGAGCCAAUUUUGCGGAGAAUAGCUGUGGACAAGUGUGCCAGGAAGGUGCGGCAUGCAUUAGCCAGUGUGAACUGGGACACCAAACUGACGCAGUGGUUACACACCACCAUGAUUGAAUCCUUAAGCCUCGCUAUGCUUGCUGCAUACCUGGAUGUGCUGCAGACUCUUAAAAGCAAGUUGCCGUUGCUGAUCGACAGAAUGUUGCUGACAACAACAAAGACUGGCGCUCCAAGUGCAGAGGCCCUGUCACUGCUACUGAAGCGGCCCUGGGACCCAGCUGUUGGAGUUUUGUCUCAAAACAAACCGAGCAAGCUUCCUGGAUCUCCACUCAUCCUAAUCGCACCAUCAAGCCCGACCAAUCCUGCCCUCUCUACAUCGCGGCGAAUGAGAUUCUGGCAGUCGCAGCUCUCCUGUUUGGGAAAGGUCAUCCCAGUGCACACUCACGUGAACAGCGGAGCCAAUAUUGGCAUCACACAGUGCUUGGAACACAUGUUGGGCACUGUCAGGGCCAAGGUCAUGGAGGUUCACAGUCACUUUCCCCACAAACCCAUUAUCCUGGUUGGCUGGAACGCUGGUGCUCUCAUCGCUUGUCACGUAUCCCUAAUGGAGUAUCUGACCGCUGUGGUGUGUCUUGGCUUCCCCCUGCUAACAGUCAACGGGCCAAGAGGGGAUGUGGAUGACCCCCUGCUGGACAUGAAGACCCCCGUGUUGUUUGUGGUUGGCCAGAAUGCUCUGCAGUGUAGCAUAGAAGGCAUGGAGGAGUUCAGAGAGAAGCUGAGGGCAGACAACAGCAUGGUGGUGGUGGGAGGAUCAGAUGACAACCUCAGAAUCAAUUCAGCGAAGAUGAAAUCAGAGGGACUGACACAGACUAUGGUGGACCGCUGCAUUCAGGAUGAGAUAGCUGACUUCUUGUCAGGUGUCCUCACACGGGCAGAGGGACACGGCCAUGGCUCGGGGGAGAUGAGGGACAUGGACACAGAGAAGAAGAAGAGGCCUCGUCGGGAGCUUCCCUUUGACAUGGAGAGAGGACGACCUUCCUCCCCUGCACUUCGAGUUCCCAUCUCACCAUCAGGUUCAGAGGAUCUGUCUAGUGUCUGCAGCAGUCCCACUUCAAGUCCCAAACCCAAGACGUCUGGUCUGUCUCCAGCACAGAAGUCCAGUCUGAUCACGGCCACGCAGCUCCUCAAGACACACAUGCAGCGCUCUGGCACAGUGCUCACUCACAAGCAGGCUCAAGCUCAGUUUGCUGCUUUUAUGAAACAAAACAUGCUUGUGAGGAAAAAUCUUCCUCCUGGCACUCCUCCUUGUAUCUUUGUGCCAGUGACCAGUGAUCAGAUGGAAGGCCUGGACAGAGAUGAACUGAGGUCCCAUGGCAAGAGGAGGCAGACGCCGAGUCCCACGCCAAGCAAAGCUUCCAAGAGAGCCAAGAUCAAGGUCACCAUUGUUUCCCAGAGCGAGUCAGCAGGGGGCACCAUCAGCCCUGCUGCACAGGAAGUGGGUGUCUCUGGGAAGCCCUUAACUGUAACAGUGGGACAGACUGUGGCUGGUGCCAAGGAGCUCUCCGGACUUCUCACAGGCCAGCGGUCUGGUAGUCUCUCAGAGGUAUCUGGUGCCCUGUCCCCAGGCUCCAGCUCAUUCAACAGCGUGCAGCCUUGCAUGGUGUCAGGGUCCUCCACACCAGUCCAGGCGCAAGCUCCGGCUACUGCCCAAGCAGCUUCCGCCAGCAGUCUGCUACAAGGCCUAAGUUUCAGUCUUCAGGAGAUCGUCACCAAAGCACCUAGCUUGCCCACCACAGCAGCCAACCCAGGCAGCACCCAGGCAGUCUGUGGCAAGCCCCAGGGUCAGGUCCUGAGCUCCGUCGGCACCAGCAGCAGCACUCUGCUCCGGGCGUUGCCUGUGGUCACCACAGGAGGAGUGGCUAAAACCACCGCCAUCCACCAGCUGCUCACUAAUGGCGGGCUGGCCAAACUUGCCAGCAGCUUGCCCGGCUUGGCACACAUCACCAAUCAGACCGCUGUAGGGCAGAAAGCCCCCACUUCCAUAACGGUGACCCUGCGAGGAGCACAGCCGAGUAGAGUGGGAUCUCUCAGCCAAGCUGGCGAGGUCGUGACGCCGGCUCGCUCCCUUGAGCCUAAGGUGUGUGUUAUCAGUGAAAGGUUUCCAUGUGGUGACACACCUGACGUAAGCUGGUGCUGUGCCAGAGGUAUCUGGGAGCCGCAGCCUGCUGAUGAGACUGUACCCUCCCCUGCAAUGAUGAACACACCACCCCACAACAUGCAGAACACCUGCCUCACGUCCUCCAGAGAGCUCCCCUGUCGAGAUGGUUGGAAAAGGCCAGGCAGUCAGUCGCUGUCGGCCGUGGUUGAGCUGGUUGCUUAAUCUCUAUGCGCAGAUGGGUAGCACUCACUCUGCUUGCACUGCAGUGGUGGUCUUCAUGCUACAGUCUGUGCUCUCCUCUUAUACCUUUAACAUUGUGACAGCCAGGUAUUAAACACAUCACGUUAUCCUCAAGGGAGCAAAUUAUAUUGUGAGGAUGAACUGCAGCCUACCUGGACUGUGGUAAUAACGCUGUACAGCCUACAGAGGGACAGUCUUGGUGCUGACUAUACACCUAUAUCUCAGCUAAAAAAAAAAAAAAAAAAAAAAAGAUUUUAAAAACUUUUUCUGAAUGUAUAUUAAGUCUUAAUCCUUUAUCAUCAUCUCAUUUAUCAUAUAGGUCGAGACAUGUAUAAUUAACAGGAAUGCGAGCUUGCGUGAGAAGCAUUUAGAGGAUGUUUCUGAAUAUCUCCAUAUUUGUGAAAUAACUAAAUUUAAAUGUUAGACAUAUUAUUUAUCACAGUAAUUAUAUUCACAUCAUCAACAGUAUUUCAUCAUCAUAAUUGCUUUUUGUGCAGCAGUUUCCUUUCACCAUAACAACUUCACCAUAUUAUAGACUUUAAAAUAUGUUUUAGUAAGAACUAAACUUCACUGCUAAUUGAAUGCCAGUAUUGAUCAUAACUGUGUGACAGCAGAAGCUACAGUAUAUUGUCACAAACAAUAUGGGGUUGACUGUGCACCUGUGCAAUGCUCAGUUUGAAUAAUAUGCAUAUAUACUCAGAAAGUUACAUGAAAGGUCAUGUCCGUUUGUGUUUACAAUAAACAGCAUCUGUUAUAUUUGUAUCCACUAAACUACUGUAUAAGGCAAUAUUUCCCAUCUGCAGUGUGUCAUCACUUUGCUGUAUAUGGACUUUUUGUUUGAAACUGCCACAGUAUAUAAAAAAAUGAUUUGCCUGAA